AUGACGCUGCGGGGCGACGGGCGGCGGCCCGACGAGAAGCUGCAGGGCGACGGGCGGCAGCCCGAAGAGAAGCUGCAGGGCGACGAGCGGCGGCCCGACGAGAAGCUGCAGGGCGACGGGCGGCGGCCCGACGAGGAGAAGAAUGCUGUCAGGCUGGCAGACAAGAGGAGAGCCGCCUUCCACUCGGCACUCACUGCAGCCCUCCACCGCAUUCACGCUGACUUCCUCGCUCACGUUCUCCCUCCUGCACCUCAGUCGCAGCCCGCAUCGCAAACCCACCCAUCUGUGCCACAGUCGCGCCGUUCGGCCUCUCCUGUGGCUGCGGCUUCUGGCCAGGGCUUGCGAGGAGAGGAGAGCCAACACGGGGCAGCUGGUGCAGGGAAGGUGGGGAGCGAGGCGGUGCCGGGGGAGGGCGAGGACAAGGAUGAGGAUGGGGACGAGGAUGCGGGCAGUACAGUGCAGAGAGAGAGAAGGAUGAAGGGAAAGAGGCGCCUUAAAACAGCGGGAGAUGUUGUGGAAGAGAGAGGUGGAGGGAAGGGGGAAGAAGCGAAGAAGCAGGGGCGUACUGGUGUGAAGCAAAGUGCGGACAGCAUGGAAUGGCAUGCUGACUUUCCGCUCGAAGACAUCUCAGUGUCGAUGCUGCUUGCUGAAGCGGCCUCGUUCCAUUCCUCUCAGUAUACUGAUAAUCAUACACAUGCUGAGCUGGGGGGUGGUGGAAAGGGAGGGAAGGCGAAACAGCAGAGGAAGUCAUGUAUUGGGAGGCAGAGCAAGCAGCGGAGGAAAGGAGGGGCGGCUGGGGAUGAGUCUGAUAAGACUGGAGAGGUGGAGGAAGGUGCAGUGGAGGAUGGGGACGGGGCAGAGAAGGAUGGGAAGAAGGGAGGCUGUGAUGGUGGUGCUGGUUGUGGUGACGAUGAGUGGUGGGAAGAGGCAGGCAUUGGGUCGCAGCGAUACACACCUCCUUGUCCUCCCAGGCAACUCAAGAAAGUGCCUCCUUGCAAUAGCACGGAGACUAUGAGUGCACCGCAGCUGCUGGAGCAUCUCAAGCAGGGAUUGGGAUCACUAGGGCAGGUGGUGCACUGCGAGGAGCUGCCACAGAGGAAACCGCGCUAUGGCAAGCUGGCCAGCCAGUUAUGCCCUGCCACGUGGCACGCCUUGGCUCGUGCGGGCGUCUCCCAGCUCUAUUCCCAUCAGGUGAAGGCUAUUGGCGCGGCACUGGCCGGGCGGCAUGCAACCAUUGCGACGGCAACAGCGAGUGGCAAGUCGCUGUGCUACAAUGUGCCGGUCCUCCACACGCUGCUCUCCCACCCCCACGCCACCGCCCUCUACCUCUUUCCCACUAAGCCCCUGGACCAUGCCUCUUCUCUAAGGGGCGCCUCUCCUCUAAGGGGCGCCUCUCCUUUAAGGGCCAUCCAGCCCUCCUCUCCCACCUCGCUUUCCCCACUCCCCUCGCUUCCUCCUCCUAAGGGCCAUCCAGCCCUCCUCUCCCUCCUCGCUUCCCUCCACUCCCCUCGCUUCCUCCUCCUAAAGGCCACCCAGCCCUCCUCUCCCACCUCUCUUCCCUCCACUCCCCUCGAUUCCUCCACCCAAGGGCCAUCCAGCCCUCCUCUCCCACCUCGCUUCCUCCGCUCCCCACGCUUCCUCCUCCUAAGGGCCAUCCAGCCCUCCUCUCCCACCUCGCUUCCUCCACUCCCCUCGCUUCCUCCGCCCAAGGGCCAUCCAGCCCUCCUCUCCCACCUCGCUUCCUCCACUCCCCACGCUUCCUCCUCCUAA